CAACAACUCUAUGUCAUGUUAUUGUAUCGUCUAUUGAUGUUUUACGGGCGACGAUUGGCUAACAACAAAACUACUACUACUCUAUCAUAGUAAUAAGUAUAUGUGUGAACGGCUGCAAACUUGUAUAUUGGUAUAUAACUUGUUGCGCCGUGUUUCUCUAGGAUAUCACGCGUGUUUACCAGACGGUUAUUUUGGAAUUAGAUAUAAGCCACUGAAUGUUCCGCAAUCUUUAUACAGCAAACGGGGAAAACCGAAACGGAAAAAAAAUGUUUUAGUAUUUUCCAGCGUUGACAACUUGUAGUUUAGUGCAACAAAAUUAUAUGUACGUUUGUGGUGGCUCGAUGCAAUGUUCUGAUGGUGUGAAUGUGAGAAAACCCGGACGGGAUUUGACAACUUUUUGAAAAGACUACAUUUAUACUUGGGAUUUGUCCUAAGUUAUAUUAGACCAUGUGUAGAAAUCGACAAUUGAAAGAAUGAUCCUGGUUGCUUCAACUCAUUACCAAAACGUAUGGAACUCAACAUUUAAACGAAUUUUCCCAUUUAUUGAAAGCAAGCAAUGGACUCCCCCGAUCGGCCUCUAGUCAACGGUUACUGGAAGUACCCCACCUACGUCAGCGCCGACCCCGUGAAACUGAGCGCCAGUGCCGAAAACGUCAACGUCAACCAUUCCGACAACACCAGCACUCAAAACCUAAUCAUGCCUCACCGGAAGCGAGAGAGUGUCAUGGACACGAGAAAUCUCGGUUACCGAUUGCGAAUGCGCAAAGAACUGAUUGGACGAAGAACGAGGGUAUCCGAUAUGGCGUUCUUGCUGGCUAUAUUCGGCAUAGUUAUAGUCAUCAUAGACACGGAGUGUCAGUUUGCGAAAGCUUACGAAUCAACUUCGACUAUUUCCGUAUAUCUUCGGGUGAUAACGUCGGUAAUGACGAUUGGACUGUUGGUCUCAAUAGUUUUGUAUCAUGCAAUUGGCAUUAAACUGAGACUUGUUAGCCAGGGUCUGACUAACUGGAAGCUAGUGACCACAUGGAAGGACUUUCUAAAACUAGGCACAGAACUUCUUGUAUGUUCCAUUCAUCCAUUUCCAUUCUCAACCUCCGCAGAAUUGCCAAUGUACGUUACUUCAGUGGAUGAAAUGCACGCGUUUACAGUUCAGACUUUGCCACUUAACUCAAUAUUGACAAUUUUGAUGUUCAUGCGAAUAUACUUACUAAUGCGUUUUCUGGUAGUUCACAGCGCACUCUUUUGCGACACGACCGUGCAAAGUUUGAGCGCUAUGAGCAACGUGAACAUAAACGCUCAAUUCGUCUUCAAAGCGCUGAUGACGCAAAUGCCCGGAUGUUGUCUGAUAACGAUUAUGGCACUCGUGUUGAUAGUGAAUAGCUACUCAGUGCGCAUGUGCGAAUAUUACACGCUUGAAGCGCACAGGGGGACAUUCUUUAUGCAAGCAAUCUGGAUGACGUGUGUGACGUUUUUGACGUUAGGUUACGGCGAUGUCGUGCCAAGGACCACGUGCGGGAGAGUUUUCGCCAUUUGGACUGGAAUGAUCGGCGUCGGACUUAUGGCAUUAUGCGUUGCCGUUCUUACGAGGAAAUUGGAACAAACGCGCGGCGAGAAAUACGUCCAUACUUUCGUGCAGCAAAUAAAAAUGGAUAAAGUGUACAAAAACUCAGCGGCGAGGGUUGUCACGGAGUUUUUAAUCCUAAGCCGAUUACGCCGCCAGGGCGUCGAUCCGUCGGAGGAUCGGUUCAUCGUUCACAAGCGUCGUCUGCUGCAUGCCGUACGGAAGAUGAGUCACGCUAGGUAUUUACGUACGCAGGUCGGGGAAUCGUUGAUAGGUCCCGUUGAAGUUAUCAAAAACGUCAACGAAGUGUUUGACGUCAUCGAAAAGCUCCGUGACGACCAGGAUGUCGUCAAAGCGCGCAUGCGCAGUAUGGAAGACAUGAUGACGUCAAUGCACGAGCAGCUUCGCGAUAUAAAGACGUUAGUAGCCGCGAACAGAACUGCUUUAGCAGAAUCCGAUGCAAAUUCUACCCGAGCUCAAAUAGAAGUAACAACUUCAUCCAGUGAUAGUUAAUAGAUUACGGUCGCAAUCGAUGUCUAGAAUGUCCAGAUCGCAGUUGUACCUUUUAAAUGCAGAACAUGAACUGGAUAUAAACACAUAUAGAUAUAUAUAGAAAUAUCAGUGUCAAAUAUUUCUUUUGCGUUUGGGAUACGAAAACAUGUGAAAGACCUUUAUUAUGCGAAGAAAUUAACUGCAAAUGGAGAGGUACUUCAUCGAUACCGUGCCCUUAGUGUUGAGCAGUUGUAAGAGUAAAGAUUAAGAAUAAAAUAGAUCUUAUAGAUACCCAUAAUUUUGGAUUAUGAGUGAAAUCCGCGGGAAAGUUGUUGGAAAAAGCGUGUGAAUAUCAGGCUGGUAGUUUAAGAGAUUGGAUCAAUUAUAAUAUGUGGAACGUUCUUUUGAAAUAAAAUAUUUGUAUGGGCCAUGCUGUGAAAAGUGGGUUUAAUGCAUACGCGGAAAGUGUCGUGCCAGAUUAACUUGUGCAGUCCGCGCAGGCUAAUCAGAGACGACAAUUUCCGCCUAAACAAGAUUUUUACUAAGAAUAGACUUUCUGUAAACGAAAAAUACCAUAAAAGAGGAAAUUGUCCUCUCUGAUUAGCCUGUACGGACUGCACAGGCUAAUCUGAGACGACACUUUACGCAAAUGCAUUAAACCCCAUUUUCACAGAGCACGGUCAAUAUAUUAUAUAUUCUGUGCGGCGAUCAGUCUAAAUAAUAUGAGUUCCAAAUAUUUUAGGAAAAUAAAAGAUGUAUAAAUAUA